GUAACACUUGCACUCUGCUGUACGGUGCUUCUAGCACACACGGCUGCGGCAAUCACGUCCAACGAAACUACGACGGUUCCAUCGAAGCCGAAGAAGUCUGCACACUUUGGGUUUAUGUUUGGCAAUCGCGGUGGUAUUCCAGUUGUUGGUGGUUACAGUAGAGGUGGUAACGUUGGCUACAACAGACCAGGGAGACCCGGCAACAGCAAUCAUGUAGGCUACGGCGGUACACGAAGUUCAUAUCCCAGAAAUAGCGGUAGAGGUAGUGGUUACAACAGUUAUGGCGGCGACAAAGGCACCUCCAGACAUGGUGGCGGCAGUGGGUACCCCAGUAAUGGUGGCGGCAGUGGUUACCCUACACAUGGUGGCAGUAGUGGUUAUCCUAGACAUGGUGGCGGCAGUGGUUACCCCAGCCAGAGAGGAGAUAGAUAUGGAGGCAGGCAGGGAGGAGAUAGAUAUGGAGGCGGUAGUGGCUACCCCAGUCAAGGAGGAGACAGACAUGGUGGAAACAGUGGCUACGGUGGAGGCAGUCGAUACUCAGGAAAUGGUGGAGGACACUCCGGGAAUGGUUAUGGGAAUAGUGGAGGUCACUCCGGAAAUGGUUACGGUAAUGGUGGAGGACAGGGGUACAACACGUAUCCAACUUUCGGAAAGAGGGGAUAUCUCAUGUGUCCCAACCAGACCUUUUUUGAUAACAUUUACAGAUGGAGCGAUCUUGCAACCGGAUACCCGCGGUAA